AGCAUUCUUUGAUUAAAAAAAAAUAAAAGUAGCUUGUUUCUUUCAAUUCGAGCGAUAGAUAUUUUCGUACAAUCGCUUUUGUACUUGUCGACCUUAACCAUUCAGUAAGGUUCAAGUCUAAGAUUGUUGUGCCAUGAAGCCAAGAGUCAGCACAACCCUUUUUGAUUUUUUUACUUCGUCAUCUUUAAAAAUUAAGGAAUGUGAGAAAUCAAUAACAAGUCAGCCUUCUAAUCUUGUUGAGGAAACGUCUGGGUUUAAAAGAAAUAAUCCGAACGCCAGUGCUUCACAAAACGACACUUUAAAAGUUACGACCGCUUCAGAUGUAAAUCAUACGUCAUUCAAAGGAUCAGAUGUUACUGUUAAAAACAGUUCUGUCAUAAAACGGAGACGUUUUUCAACACGUAUAUUAUCAUGUGACAACGAAGAUUCUUCCAAUUACGAUGUUUUAUCCGGUGUCAUCAAUUCCACCGGUUUAUUUAAAGAUACCUCAUUAUGUGAAAACAACAAGUUAAGCGAGAUCAUGGAACAAGAGCUUAAUCUUACAGGUUCUAAAAAUCGAACACCACCGGGAGGCAAAUGCAAUUUGGAUUCUUCCAUGCGCCAACAUGGCAUUUCUUCUAUCACUUCACCGGCGGAUCAAGAAAUGCUAGCUAAAGGAUUCAAAGAAAAAUUGAUAUCACCUAGCAGAACAAUAGAGUUAUCGUCUAGUAUGGAUGUUUCCUUAGCACUCUUAGAUACAGCAGGCCCUCAUCGGCAAAAUAGUGGUUUAUCAGCGCAAGAUGAUCCAACACCCAUUCCUAUACCGCGUAAAUCCCAUUCAACAAGUGACUCCCUUCAAUUUUCUUCUUUUGGUUUUGGUAACAACACAAAUCCUAGUUCUGUAACUCCUUUCAAAUUAACGUCGGUUUCUCCUCCAAAUACUAAUGAUAUUCGAACACCUUUACGAAGUACAAGUGUAAAGGUGCCUUCAACAAUUUCAAAUAAAGAAUCAAGGACUCAUGACGGUCAUUCAGACAUUUUAAACGAAGAUGAGUGUUUUCUUCCAUUGGCAUCUCCUUCGGUCAAGUCGCCUUGCGAUACUACUUUAAAAAAAACCUUGCUUUUAAAUCUUGCUACUACAUCUGAAAACGAUAAUUGUAAAGUUACAGAACACGAUUCAUUUUUUUAUAGUGAUGGUAAUAUUAAAAAUACGUCUGUUGGAACCUUGUUUGGAACCGUAUCCGUCAACCCACGCACCCCUCCAUGUGACACAAUGGUCUCUCCUUUCUUUGACCCUGCGUCUGUUGAUAGCUCCACUUUUUUACAGCAAAAUGAACUGGAUAAGACUCAUUCUGUGAAAUUCUCUUGUAUAGCUAAUAUAUUCAAUACGAUUGAAGCCCUUAAAGGAUCUGGUAGUGGGUCCAAAAAAAAAGUUGUUGUUGCAUUAACUAAUAUUGUUCGACUGCUUCUUUGGCACUCUCCUACGGAUAUUAUACCAUUAACCUACUUUUGUUUGAAUAAAGUAGCUCCUGUGUAUAUGAAUGUGGAAAUGGGUAUUGGAGAAGGUCUUCUUUUGAAAAUUGUUACUGAAGUAUAUGGCCGAUCUGAAAAAAGUGUAAAAGCGGAUUUAAUGAAGCAUGAAGAUUUAGGACGUGUUGCUGAACUGAGUCGAUCUAAAAUGCGUGUUCUGUUUCGGCCGCGUCCCUUGACGAUUUCCUCAGUUUUUUCUGAGUUGAGAAAUUUAUCAGAUAUAAGCGGCACUACAGCUCAAACAAAAAAAAAAGAAAAGAUAAAACGAAUGCUUGUUGCAGCAGAAGGAAGUGAAGCAAAAUUUAUUAUAAGAUUUUUGCAAGGAAAAAUGCGUUUGGGUGUACAAAUGGCAACCAUUUAUCAGUCUUUGGCAUAUGCUUUUGUUUUAACGAUUCCUAAACCGGAUCCUGAACUGGCUUUCAAUCAGGAGUACGAAGGCUGUAGCGAUGUGCGACGUCGUUCUACUAACACGUUACUUGGAUCGAAUGUUGAAAAGGCAUUAAUCGAAAUGGAGGCUGCUGUACGAACAGCUUUUUCCCAAGCAUCUAAUAUUGAAUUCGUUAUUAAAAAUCUUUUUAAAGGAGAAAAGCCUGAUCAAUUGAAAGAUUCCUGUGUCGUACAACCAGGAAUCCCCGUACAACCAAUGUUAGCUAAACCUACUAAAGGUUUGGAAGAAAUUUUUUCUCGUUUCUCAAAUUGUGAAUUUACCUGUGAAUAUAAAUAUGACGGAGAAAGAGCUCAAAUACACUUAAAAAGUGAUGGAGAUGUCGUAAUAUUCUCACGUAAUCUGGAAACAAUAACUCAAAAAUAUCCAGAUGUCGUGGCACUUAUGAAGAGCUGUAUUAAACAAAAUGUUCAAGAUUAUAUUGUAGACUCUGAGAUUGUAGCCUUCAACUGUGACACGGAACGUAUAUUACCUUUCCAAGUUUUAUCAACACGAAAAAAAAAAAAUGUCGAUAACUCAAUUGAAUCAAAAGUAAAAGUUUGCAUUUUUGUUUUUGAUUGUUUAUAUCUUAACAAAGAAAGUCUUUUGAAAAAGCCGCUUAUUGAAAGACGCAGCUAUCUUCAAGAGUUACUUAUUGAAAUUCCUAACCAAGUACAAUUUGCAAGUCACAAAGAAAUGAAUUUGCUCGAAGACGUCGAUGCGUUUCUACAAGAAGCCAUGGAAUCCAAUUGUGAAGGCUUAAUGAUCAAAACCCUAAAAGAUUCCGCAUCAUACGAACCUUCGAAGCGGUCGUUUAAUUGGCUCAAAUUAAAGAAAGAUUAUCUUGAUAAUAUAACAGACACUUUAGAUCUUGUUUUGAUGGGAGCGUACGCUGGACGAGGAAAGCGUUCAAAAGUUUUCGGUGCUUUUCUACUGGGUUGUUAUAAUGAGAACGAAGAUACUUUCCAAACGAUUUGCAAAACAGGGACAGGAUUUUCUGACGAUCAACUUCAUGAAUUUUAUCAAGAACUUCAAGAACACACAAUUGCAAUAAAACAUACUGGAUAUCAUGUUCAUGAAAAAAUGACUCCUGAUGUUUGGUUUUCUCCACGUGUUGUAUGGGAAGUUCGAGCCGCAGAUUUAUCUAUUUCACCGGUUCACACCGCUUCCAGCGGCGUCAACAAUUUUUUAAAAGGAAUAGGCUUAAGAUUUCCUCGUUUUAUUAGGGUUCGUCCAGAUAAAACUCCUGAGCAAGCCACAUCGGCAAAUCAGGUCAUGGAAAUGUAUUUGAAUCAAGCAUCUAACAAAAAAACUACCAACAAGUUGAGUAAAUUAUCAAGAGACGAUUAUCUAUCUGAAAAUGAUGAAAUUGAAAAUUGAACCGAUGGACUAUUGUACAAAAGUAGAAUUGGUUUUUAUUCUUUUUGCUAUUGUAUGGGAGUUUUUUUUAAACCGUUUUUCUAACGCACAACUAGAAAAAUCGUAGACUUUUUUGAAAA